AUGGAUUCAAUAAUGAAGGUGAAGUUGUAUUCAAUGAUCGUCGACAUAUAUAAGAUAUAUAAAUGUGUGGGCGGACUGACGAAUGUAUUCCUCCAGGUAUUGGUGGUAUGUGGACUGGCGAAUCUGGUAGCGGGACAAGGCAGUUAUUACAGCAGCUUCACAGGACCUGUGUCCGGAGCCGUGGACGAGAUCCUAGUUGCGGAGCCCGCGGGCUUCAAGAAGAGCGAGCCUACCUACGACUAUGUGGCGAAACCGGACUAUUCCUUUGGCUACGGCGUCAAUGACCCUGAAACGGGCAACACCCAGAAGCAUGAAGAGACUCGGGACGGAGACACCGUGCGAGGCCAGUACUCCGUCGUGGAACCUGACGGCACCGUCCGUACAGUUGUCUACACUGCUGAUCCCGAGAACGGAUUCCAGGCCACCGUACACAGGAAGCCCCCGGUAGGCAGCGCCUCCUACCCUCCACCAUCAGUUCUUCCUGAGUACGCUCCAGAAAUCGUCCCACCAGUGAACAACCCUCCAGAGUACGUUCCAGAGUACAGACCGGAGUACACUCCUGAGUAUACUCCUGCCGAGUACGUUCCGGAGAGUUCUGAAGCGCCUGCGGAUUACUAA